UUAGGGUCCGUUACCAAACACCUGUGGUCAUUUCUGGGAGAUGGUCUGGGAACAGCGCAGUCGAGGAGUUGUAAUGCUGAAUCGCGUUAUAGAGAAAGGCUCGGUGAAGUGUGCUCAGUAUUGGCCUCAGCGAGAGGAGCGGGAGGCUGUUUUUGAGGACACAAACUUCAGACUUACUCUGAUCUCAGAGGACGUGAAAUCGUACUACACAGUACGACAGCUGGAGCUGGAAAAUCUGUCGACACAGGAAACCCGGGAGAUUCUUCAUUUCCACUACACCACAUGGCCAGAUUUUGGCGUUCCGGAGUCUCCUGCUUCUUUUCUUAACUUCCUGUUUAAAGUGCGUGAGUCGGGCUGUCUGAGUCCAGAGCUUGGUCCUGUGGUGGUCCACUGCAGCGCUGGCAUCGGCCGCUCUGGGACAUUCUGCCUUGUAGACACCUGCCUUCUAUUGAUGUCUCAGAGGAAAGAUCCAUCAUCUGUACGCAUUCAGGAGGUUUUGCUGGAAAUGCGACGAUACCGCAUGGGUCUGAUCCAGACGGCUGACCAGCUGCGUUUCUCUUACCUUGCCUUCAUAGAGGGUGCCAAGUACAUCAUGGGAGACACGUCUGUACAGGAGUCUUGGAAGGAGUUAUCCAAUGAGGAGGAUCUUCCCCCUGAACUAACUCCUCCGCCCAGGCCACCGCCCCGAAUAGACCCUCCUAACGGCAAAGGUGACCUAGGGAACUCUGACCUCGCACACCUCUUCACCGAGAGCAUCACAAACAGUGCAGAAAUAUGUGCAAACAGUGCGCCCAAGACAUUCACAGACGGGCCAGAAAUUCGCAAACGAACAGUCCCAGCAGAAGUCGGAGCAUUGCCAUUGGUAAAUGAACAACCCGACGAACCGAUCAUCCCAAGAGAAGCUCCUCCCAAACCUCCGCGAUCUCCUCCCUUAACUCCUGCAACGGAGGCUCCUACCACUGCCGCCCAAGAAGCCUGGAGCCCCCUGGUGGUCAGCUUGUGUUUGUGCACGGCACUGGCCGUAGGUGCUUAUUGUUACCGCACAUAUUUCCACUGAUGUCCUCUCUUUCCAUCCGUCUCUUUCUCUAUCUCUCCGAUAACAGGCGGGAUAAGAAAAAGAGAGACACACACAGACACUCACUCUCUCUCUCUCUCAGCUGGACCCAUCUCUCCAAGUGGAGAAAGGGUUUCAAAGACUCCUCUCAGCCAAACUGCUGUUGUCUCCCUCUAAACACACUUUUACACACACAAUCUAAUAAACGUGUGUCCGUUUAAAACCUCAGGGCCUCACAAUUCAGGUGUUGCUACCCAAAUGUUAUACACAGCUAAAAGAAAAUCCAAAAGACUCUUAUUGCUGCAGUAAGUAAGGGAAAUUUUUGUGUGUGUGUGUCUGUGUGUGUGUGUGUGUGUGUGUGUGUGUGUGUGUGUGUGUGUGUGUCUCCAUCAUGUUUUUUUGUUUUUUGCAAUUUAAUUCUGACGACUGUCAGUGAUGGAGCUGUUCAGGAGCUCCUUUUAUACAUGCUGAACACACAAACCUGCUGUACGUGAUAAAAAAAAAAUCUGUUUGUAUGUGUGUGUGUGUGCGCGCGCGCGUGUGUGUUGGAAAAAAGGGAGGUCACAAGUAGACUGGGAUGUCGAAUACUAUCAAGUGCUCAGUGUUACGCUACUUUCAGAGUGUAAAACAUCCCAAACUUUUUCUCAUUUUAAACAUUUUUUUUUCCAUCUUUGUGUACCCCCAAAGGUGACACUGGCACUUCUGUGUAUGAAAAGAGAUCAUGUGACUGAAGCACCGUCCUCUCGUUCAUUCAUUCGACGUUUUGUCCAAUCAGUCUUCGUUUAACCAAAAGGUUCAGAUCAUUGAAAAUGCUGGAGCUGGUGUCUAGACGUUCAGUACAAACUUUUUCUACAGAAGCCCAAUGCAAUAAUAGUGACUGCGGCCGAUUAAUAAUCUCCAAUGAGAGCUGGCAUUUCAGUCAUUUGAAAUAAUCAUUGUGAAUUUAUAUGGGUUUUGAUAACAUUUCAAUUAAAGUUUGCUGUGGAAAUCAAGUUAUUGAUUUCAACCAAAUCCUUCAUUGUUAGAACCUCUAAAUACUCUCUUAUUUUCUCAUUUGUUUAAUGAUAGUCUGACCAGCAGGUGGCAGUAUUGAGUAUGAUGAGAUAUUUCAGAGGAUUGGAUGGGGUUUGUUUUUUUCUGUUUUCCCUCCUGCUGCAAUACAGAUAAGUUCAGAUGAUUCUGACCCACGUCACAUGAUUUGAUCGAAGUUCACAUGGGGUCAGACUAACCAAAACAAAAACAUAACACCAGCACCGAAUGAAUGCAAAGAGAGAUACGACCAGUGACAGUGAGCUGUCUUUGUGUUUUACUGUUUUAUUCUAUUAUUAUAGUAAUUAUUAUCGAGAGAGAUUAACGGCAGACGGGCAUAAACAUUUCCUUCAAAUCAAUCAAACCACGCUGCAGAACUGUUACUUUUGAACAAUGUGUGAACAAGUCCAAUGCAGUAACCUCAAAACAAAAAGCAAGCCUCUUCUUUAAGGUGCACCGAGGCCUGAAACGCUUUUAAUCGUGACUUCGCUUUGUGUGGUGUCUCUCUGACUGCUGCUUGACCAGUCCAGAAUGGUCAUUUUUUUCGGGGUCGCUGGGUGGUUUUUCCUGUCUGUAGGGUUUCGAUGUUUUACAUGCUGAAGCAAUUGUUGUUUGGUUUGAAGGUUUUGUCAUAACGAGUGCCACCAUUCAUCGUAGUGACUCUCACAAUCUGGUCCCAAAGCGGGACCGCAGAAUGUAAAGUCUCUUCUUGCCGGCUUUAUUUACACACAUACGCAUAUAUAGAGAAAUUUAUUUGUCUGUGUCAUUGUUUGUCGUCUUUCAGUUAUCUUUGGCCUUUCUGUAACGAGGCUGAGAAUUUAGUUUCUCUUCCCAACAUCCUGUUGUGUCCUUUUUAAUGUUGAUUCUUUUUGUUUUGUAAGUAAAGCAUAUGCUUGUUCCAGUUGGAUGUAUUGACAUUUGAAAUUUUAUUUUUUUGGACAGAAUACAGAGCAGACGCUGUGGUAAUAAACAUAUACAUCUCUGA